CGACUGAGGCAUUAAAGUCAGUUGAAUUUUUUUUUUUACUUUAUUUUUAAUCACUGCCAUUUAGUGAAAAAUGGCGAUGGGAUUUCUGUCUUACCCGAGGCAAAGCAAAAAUCUCAAGUUUCGACAAACCUCCUUUGAGCUUCUAUCCGACUUUUUGAUUAAUCUCAACAAAAGUAACAAGGAGAAACUGGACAGCUUAUCAAAAUGCAGCGGGGUUUUCAAAGAUAAGAGGCUGCUCGAAUAUAUCUUUGUGAUAACCGAAGAGCUGAGACUUGAUCCGCUGGUUGGCUACCAUGCCGUUGAAUUGCUUGAAAGGUUCACGAUCAAGCACCUUGAAAGUUUUUUCACCACACCCACACCUCAAGGCGCAGCGGCCAAAGAGCCAAGAAAUUAUGAAGAUCUUGUUUUUGAAAAGCUGUGGGAGAAAUUCCCUCUUCUUGUCUUCUCCUGUGUGCAACUUGCAAGCAAACUGUCUCUGCACAGCAGCAUUAUCGACAACAAUAUUGCUGUGCACUUCCUUCACUCGAUAGGCUGCAGUGUUUCCAAGCAGACUCUUCUGGAGUCAGAACUGAUGAUCUUGAGAGGGCUUGAUUUCAGACUGAAUGUCCCUAGUCCAUUGACAUAUGUGGAAAUACUACUGGAGGUACUUGGAUACAACGAGUCAUCCAUCCCUGUGGAACGCCUGCAUAAUCUGUGCCACCAUGUUCUCCGCUUCACCUGCCUGCAGAGGUCUGCCAUCUAUGACUCUUUGUUAAUAGUCACCACUCAGUGUGUCAGCCCAUCCCGGGAGCAGAGAGAGAAGUUUGUACCGGUGACUGAAGACUACAUGCUUCUUGGUGUUGGUGUCAUCGCUGUGGCUGCAUACAUCCUGACUAUCAGCAAAUGGGAGCAGGUGGUGCAAGAGCUCAGCCACAUGACAGGAAUCUCAUGGAGGAGCAUCAGAGAUUUCGCCUGUGUGACGUUGAUGCAUAUUACCAAGAACGGUUCUGCUGUAACAUCGACUUGA